UUAGGCGACAGUUCGUUAGCACCCGACCCAGGUUCGACGAGCUCUGUCUGCGUUCUAUCGUCCUCCCCGGGACAAGGACCUCACAAAGUGACCUUAAAUGCUGAGGCUAUUUUUAUAUCGAGUCUGGUCAAUGCACGUUUAAACAUAAAUCUUAAGUCAAAUAAAGAGACGUAGCAGACAUUUUUUUUGUUACUGCAUAGAUUGGUGGACGAGCUCACAGCCCACUUGGCGUUAAGUGGUUAUCGGAGCCUAUAGACAUCCACAAUGUAAAUGCCACCACCCGCCUUGAUGUGAGUUCUAAAGUCUAAGUUUAGCUACAACGGCUGCCCCACCCUUCAAACCGAAACGCAUUACUUCUUCACGGCAGAAAUAGGCAGGGUGGUGGCAUCUACCCGUGCGGACUCACAAGAGGUCCUACCACCAGUAAAAAACACGUUGGUACAAAUACUAACUUUUGUGUCGCAUUCAACUUGACUUAUAAGCUUAUCAUGUAAGCGCUACUACCUAGUUGCGUUCAAUGGACUACUAUGAAUGAAAAUUUAACGAGUUGUAUUAUUUAUAUGAAUGUCUCGUAAUCGCGCUGUUUGUACUUAAACAUUGACGAAAUGUACGCAACUAUCUGAAACCCAAUUAAGUAUUGUAUUCGUGUACGGAGCUAUUAUUAUAAAUAUUAAUGUGAAUUCUGUACCGAACAGAACAUCUUGGACGCGAAGGCUUUGAACUAAGCUAUCGGGUCCGUUAUCUAGGGGACAUUAUCUAAAUAGUGCAAUCAGCGUAUGUAGCGGCGGGUAGGGUGGCGGGCGGGGGCGGCGUCGAGGAGGUCAGUGUGUCAGGGCGGAUGCAGCGGCGGGCGGGCGGCGCAGGCGUGGCGCGCACAUCGAUCGUCGCCCACGCGCGCACCGCCGCUAUCUGCCCCGCGAGUCGCGACGCGUCCCGGGCCCGGCCCACGGCGAUGGCGGCGUGAGCUCGCGCCGCCACCGGCCUCCGGCGGACAUGCCGCGAUGGCCAGAGAGGAGGUUAGAGGAAAGAGGCCUUUCAAGAUAUGGGACAGUUCGCGAAACGUGAGGAAGGGACUGGUAGUCACUAGUUUUGAGGAAUUAAUACACAGAGGUAAAGAGAAAUUAUCGGUAGCUGCGAGUGAGCCAGUGAGGUUAGUGCUAGAGAGCGACGGAACUCAGGUGGAAGACGGCGACUACUGGAGGACCUUACCGCCUAACACUGUCCUGCUUCUGCUGCGGCAAGGGGAGCGCUGGUACCCCACAGGCGUCGAUGUCAUCAAGGCUGCGAUAUCAGCCAUCCCGAAGAUAGUAUGCGAGACGAUCCACGCGCUGGAACUGCACGAUGAGACGCCUUCAUGGAAGAUCAUGGACAACAAGGGGCGCGUCACGGUGGUGCUGCACUGGGACCAGCGGCCUGCUGCCUCGCCGGCCGCGCGCUCUCCUUCCCGCCAGGCCAAGCCUGACCGGCGACCCUCGCUCGUGAUCCAAACGUCGUUAGAUCGGCCGCCGCCCCCACCCCCGCACAUCACCGUCGUGAACCACGACGAGCCGGGCCCCGCCCCGCGCCGCCUGUCGCGCGCGUCCGGCUCCCUCGAGCACGUGCACACGGCCGAGUGUCGCGCCGCCCCCACCUCACCGGCACGUCCGCCCCCCGACGAGUGCGACUUCCAUUGCUGCGCGCUGCACGAGGAAGGACGCCGUAUCGCUGUGCAUAAAAGCGUUGCCACCUCGCCCAUCCAAGACGCACAGCCGCGAGCGUCACCCCAAGGACGACCCAAAGGACACGUGCGCUUUUUGGACGCGGAAUCUGCUCGAAGAGGAGAUCGAGAUUCUUCGGAAAGCGAAACCGAAAACACACUCGUCGAGGACGAAGCCGUCACGUCCGAAAAAUUUCUCUUGCUCAUCGACCAACUCAGCGUAGACCAGAAGCGGCAUCUCACCAUCAAAGACAUCGGCAUAAUCCUCGAGCGGCUCAGUUCGAAGAUCCUGGAUGUGGAGAGGCUGGACCGCGAGUCUGAGUCGGACGACUGUUACAACUGGACGAUAAAAGCGACAAUCAGAGGUGACGCUCUGCGGGAGCUGGGAGUCAUAUACAACGGCAACUACUAUGCGAUCAGCGAGCAUCCUGGCUACCGGGAGGAGAACGAGGAGGCCGGAGACGAGGGCGAAGAGGAGGAGGAGGAAGACCGGCUCUGAUAGGGUCUGUGCGGCGCCGGCGUGCCCGCCGCCCUGCGCAUGGCGCUGUGCCGCAUGGCCGCGCGCUCGCCGUCGCCGCACUGCGCCCGCCAGAGGACCGGUCGACCACUAAAGACUUACUACGAAAUUGAUCGUGAGCCCGCCUCGCGCCAGGCUGCGACCUAGUUAAUAAGUAGCGAAAUUAUUAUAGGUGAAACUGACUUCCUCUCGGUCUGCGAAGACUCGGGGUCGCACCGGCAUCGCCCUGCACUUGUAUCACACCCGAGUCACGAGAACACGACAGCACUGUCUAAUCAUCGAGAUGUUCAAUCUUAGAAACUUAUAUUAAAAAUAAUAUUAAAGUUAGUCGAACGGAAUGCGUUUUAGCGGCGAGUCGCGAUCGCCCUACCAAUCUAUCACAGAUGUCAAUUCCAAAUCACUAUUAUAGUUUCAUCCAAGCAUAGAAAAGCAUGAUAAACUGUUAGACUGUGUCGAACAAAACUGAUUUCUUAGUUUAGACGUUUUCUUAAUGUUCGAAAACGACAAACAGCAUAUUUCCAAACGCUUAACUAACAAUUACUAAUAAAAAAGAAAUCGAUUUAGAAGCAAAGGGGAAAAUGGUACAUAACCGUUUUAUCUUUACUUAUUCAUAAAUAGACUUACUGUGUCACUUCGUGGCCCUGUCGCGACCCUGGUCGCCGGGCCUGGUACUGAGGUCUACAUCGCGACCGCCGCCGUGCUCAGAGCGCCGCGUGUCUAUCGGAGUAAGACUCGCAAACCACCGAACAUCGGCCGGCAGCUCUGCACAGUUUUGCAUGCGGAUGAAUUUGCUCAUUGUUUCCAUAAAUUCACGGUAGAAUUAUGAUGAAAGGUUUCGUGACGUCAAAUAGCAAGUAUACACGUUCCUUCGCGAGUCAGACUUGUCUCGGAUGAGUAACUGAGAGAACGCGUAACGUAAAAUAUUUGUAAUAGAUGAUAUGAAAAUUAUAUAAAAUAAUAAUUCAAUGUUAUAAAAGAGGUUGUAUCUAAUGCCGCGGUCUUAUUGCUCCGCGGCUCAGUCGUCACUGAGUCGUCACCGUGUCGUCGCUGUGUCGUCACCGUGGCGAACGCGACGCAAUAUAGAAUUAGGUAAGUUCUUGUACUUAUUAGAUCUAUGAUAUUGUAGUUAAAGUACGUAUUUAUAAUGUUUUUUUAAUUUUUGUAUAGUACGAAAUCGUGAAGGAUACACGAAAUUAAAUGUAUUAUAUUAAUAAUAAUGGAAGAUUUAAUAAGUUUUACAUGCCCCGGCGAGGGUUUCUUAAUUGUAUAGUUAAGAUUAUUGUGACGCGAUUUGAAUCUAACUUGACGGAGCGUUUUGAUGUCUUUUUGAUUUCGGUACUUAUUUAAUUUCCAAUUGUUUGAUGUAUGUCUGUACAGUUCAUAAGCUAUCCUAUAAUUUUAAAAUUAAUUUAAGAUCGGCUCGUUUUGCUCUUAAUUAAUUCCGGUUCGUGAUUCCGAGAUAACAGCUUCCUCCGCUGUGAUGAGAAUAAAAUAGUGCGUUAAGGUCCGCAUUGUUUGUGCUCUAUCAAUGUACAGCUGUUUUUUGGAAACGAAUAAUAUAGAAAAGUUUAUGGCUGAAGAACGUUCGUGACAGCGUAUCGAUUAAAAAUAAUAAUUUAAAUCAAGAUACAUUUCUUGAUAUGUUCACCGGCCUGCCCAGAAAUGGAAACAAAAUAGAUCAAUAGGUUCCAAAGAAAUGUAUUACGAACGUAACAUUUAGCAAAGACUGUCCGAAACAUGAGGGGAUAUUCUACAGCGAUAGGUACGUGCUUUAAUUAACUUGACGCUAGGUGAAUUUUAGUAAUUUCAAGAGUCGGUUUAUUGAUUGCUUUCUACGUCGUCCGUGAUCACGAAAACUGAUAUAGUAUUCGGAGAUAGCACGGUAAACGUAUUUAAGAUCAACUUUCCCGACACCAGUUUUUAGUUUUCGGAUUUCUCCGAAAUAUAUACUUGUACUUAUUGGCUUUCAUUAUAAAUAAAUGCUCAAUGAAAUACAUUAUCGUACCCCUUAUUGAUCGAACAGAUUACAUUGCAAUGUUUUAUUACUGUGUGUUAUGAUGUAAAUUUAGUAUCAUUUGUAUAUUAAUCUACAUCUAAAUGCCUAUGUUCUGAAUCGGAAUCCAUCAUGUGUAAUUAUCAAAUUGUAUAAUAUUUUUAAUAAAUUUUCGCUUUUGACGAGCCGGCUUGCUUGAAGUCAUGAGAACCAGAUUGAUCUAGAGUUAUUAUCAAUGCCCGUUUGUAUGGUACGUGUAGUAGCAAUGUUCAUUAAGAUGAAUUGUUCAACAACAAACAGAAAAUAAAGUGCUCAGAUUGAAGACGUUGUGGCGGCAUCUGUCAAAUAUCUUACGUUUGGAUGAUGGCUACCCACCACAUCGUAAUAUGUGCAACUUGGAUUAACGAUGAAACUUACGUCUCGAUUCUAUUUAAAACAAAACAAACUGCUUCAGUCAAGACAUUUCAUCAUUGACUACAUACAACAUAGAGUAUAAAUUUGAACCUUUUAAUUAGCAUCUUAAAUCAUAAUUUAUAACUUAGGUCCUUCUGGUUGUCACGGCAGAUGUUCGAUUUUGAUGUUUUUGAUGUAAAAAAAAAACCUUAAAUACCUAAGUGUAGUUAUUUUUUUAUUCGUUUUCGGAAAAGUUAUUUGUCCUAAUUCAUAAUGUUUCUUGAAAAACUUCGAAUCGAAGUUAAGAAAAGUGUUAGUGCGUUAUUUAUUUCGAGACUGUCGCUAAUAAGAUUUAGAGACGCGAGCGGCAGGAGGCGAGGUGAAAAGUGAGGUUAUUUUUUUUCAUUUUUCACGAUAAUUUUCAAAUAUCAAAUAAACGUUUUUAAGUGGAUUAAAAUGAUAACAAGUUAUUUACUUGGGAGCUACUUCACCUGAUAAUGAUCAGAAAAAAAACAUUAACUGAAUAUAAAUUUCAUAGACAAUUUAGUCUUUUUCUAAUUUUAGUAAACGACACAAGACUUUUGUUACCCCAAAGCAAUUUCGAUUUUUUUGUUCCGUAUUCAUUUCGACAUCAAAGCGACAAUCCUAUGAUUAUAUUAAUAUUGUUUUCUUGGUAUUAUAAUAAUAUAUACCUUAAGUAUUAUUGUUUGACAUUGCUUUUGGAAGCAUUUCAUCAUAUUACCAAUUUUGUCUAUACAGGCAAAGAUAAUAUUUUCUAGAUUUCUGCCUUUCGAACUAAAUGUAUGUAUCAUAUUGUGUUGUGUCAUAUUUUUUAUAAACCUCAUCUCGCCGGAAUAUUAAAAGUUUUUCUCGAAUAAAAAUUGUGAAGUGGCUGAGUUUUACGGAAGGUACAUGAAGAUAAAGUUUCAAAAGGUCGCAUGUCUGUCAGAAUUAUCGUAUUAAAGUAAUCUUGUGUAUCGUCAUGUUGACUGAUUUGUUUCUCGAUUAAUUAUAAUUUGUGCCAAAUUAUAUUUAAGAAAAAAAAUACAUGAUCCUGUUAAUAUAUCGAAUUUAUAAUUAGUUGUUCCAGAAAAUCAAUAACAAUAACUAUAACUAGUCUUAAAAUUCACGACUUGUAAUUUCACAAUUACCCAAUGGUUUAGUUGACUUGUAACUCAUUUAAAAAACAAAUCACAUUACUACAAAAAAAGAAACAGAUUAUUUGUUAGUUUAGAGCAUUUUACAGUAGAUAUUGGUAUUAAUUUGUGAACCACUUUACAAUAAUUCAAUCAAUUGAAUGAAACACCAUUGUGAAUUUUCAUAUUAUUAAUUAAAAUAUUGUUCAUAAUAUCACGGUUACGCACAUUUGAUUAUAGGGACAAGAAAUUGUUUUAAAUGUUGUUUUUUUUUUAAUUAAGAAAAUCGUUUAGAGGCGGAUUGAAGUUUAGAUGUUCAUUUUGAAGCUUUCGUGGCCUAACGGACAAGGCGCCGGGCUUAUUCAGCAAAGCUGCAGCUUUCAAGACGUAGCUUUUUUUAACACUGGGAAACUGUUUACGGAUACCCGGCCACGGGGAUACCGGGCCAGGUUAUGUCGGACUCCGGCGCCUGCACAGAACAAGAAGGAGUGGCCGGGAACCGAAGUCCUCGUCCUCUUCCAAUUGAUCCUAAGAGACUACGCUGCUACCUGAUACAUGGUCACGAAUGACUCUCACAAUAAAGCGAUGACGUAAUCAAAUCGAACUCACAUAUUUAUGAAUUCGGUAUAUAGGACCUACAUAAAUCGCAGCUCUUCUGAUGUUAAGCAGUCAGUGUUUGUAGACCUCAUAGGCGCUGGUUCGAACAGUAUCGCAUUCAUAAAUUUUGUAUGGAUAGUUCGUGACACGUAUUAUUGUGUGUGAUAUUGUUAUCAAUGUCGGUAGCUUUUUUUCUUCACGGAAGCAGGAAGCUUGAUAUGAAGCUUAAAUUAAAUUCAAGCCAAUUUGUUAAAACACCUCAAUAAUAGAGAUGAAGAACUUGAUCGGAAUGUAAUUUCAUAUCUUUUCAUUUCUCUGAACAAUGCCGCAAGGACUCAAAGCUUCAAGUAGAUAUUAGAAGACAAUUAAACUUUCUGUUCAUUGUUUUUUAUCCGUAUUUUCUUGUAGUAGAACGAGCAGACGAGCUCGGGUUAACCUGGCUAUAAAAAAACACAUUUCACGGCUUAGAUGCAGAUACAGAACCCGCGAAGACUCACAAUAGGUUCGACCAUCAUGUUAUUUCAUUAAUUGUGAAGGUUGGAUCUCAAUUUUAGUAUAACAAUACCAUUGAUAUAUGGAUCUAUUUCGAAAAGUCUCUGGUACUUAAUACAAAAAGCACACAAGACACGCCCACUCGUCUACAGCACAGAAAGUGUAACAGCAACUCAAAGAGGCCAUGGUCACAUACGCAUUUCAUAUGAACAAUAGCCAGAAGCAUUAUAUUCACGUUGACUAUAGGGAGUUCUUAAAUCAGAGGUUAUACAAUUAAUAUACGUAAUAAAAAUUUAGAUACAAGUAUCACAUGAAACAUUACCAUAAAUAGUUAAGGCCUAUUCAAUAAUUAAAGUACAACAAAAUUUCAUUGCUGCAUUAACAUAUUCUGAAUUCGUGCAUGUUUUUAUUUAAUAUACGGAUAAAUAUACAAUUUAUUAUAUAGCAAAAUAUAUUCAUAGUUAUAAUGUUUUCAUACCAAAAGCGGGUCUAGUUUAAUUUUUAAAAUAACGGGGCUGAUGAUAAUUUUGACAUGUGAAGAUUAUUACAUACUAACUUCUUCUAACCAAUUAAAUCAAAAGAAUGUUUUAAAAUACUAAAUACUCAAAAUACCCCAAAAUAUAAAUUAAAUAGUAAUGUUAUAAACGGAUACUUCGUGUCGGUGGCAGAUUUUCUCUCCUAUUUUAAUUAAGUUCAAAUAAAUUGAAGGCUGUGCGUUUUAUGAUCUCUGAAUAUAUUUUUUUCGUUAGUAAUAUUCGUCAUUGUUAAAUAAAAGAGUAGGUACAUAAUAUUUUUUAUGUACGGAAAGCUGUUUAGUUAGUUCCUUAAAAAUGUACACGAUUUAUAAAAAUAAAUGCAAAAUACAAGUUCUGUUUUUUUACCGAAGUAAAUUGAAAAGUAAGCUAACAUAAUAAUAGAUUUAUCUACUAUACUAUUUAGUCUGCCAUAAACCAUAGAUCACUCAGAUUUUUCUAUUCACAAAAAAAGGAAGUAGUAAAACGAAUAUUUGCAUUUACAAUUGAAAAUACACGAUCAGGAACAGAAUAGGAUAUAUUAAAAUAUCUCCACGACUGCAUUUAACAUUUUACACAACGUAAUUUGGUUUCAUUUAUUAUAUAAAUAAAUAUACAGACGUCAGAAACCGAAAGAAAACAGUAGAAAGUAUUGCUUGGAUAUUAAUAAUGUGAGCUGAUAUUUCAAACUUUAUUUUUAUACGUGUCGAUUGUGUGAAACCAAUGAACCAGUUUGUGUUAACGAUAACGGCGUACCGGAAACUUCACUGCCACUAAUUUAAAAAUAAAAAUAUUGGAAACGA